AUGACAGCAAACAGUCAGGCGCGACGGCACAAUGUGGAGGCAUCCAACAGCCCUGUGACUUCGGAGAAACACAGCUUUGAAUCUUGUCAGGGCGAGGAGGAGAGUGUCGCUCUUCAGCUGGUCGACAAAGGGUUUCGACAGCAUGUAACGGCUCUUCAAGGAGGAGCCCAAGGACGCGGGGCGUUCCCCGCAGAGGACUGGGGCGAAGCCGAAACCCUUCGUGACGCGUUCCUCGCGACCGGGCAACAUGUGACGGACCUCACCAUUCUCGGCGGCAUUUCGGAAAAGGAGCUUUUUGGGCUCAAUGGCAAGGUCUGUCGGUACCGCGGCCUCGUCCAACAGCCACUGAAUACAGAGUUCUACGCAGGUGCGGUGCCAUGUCCACGUUCGAGCAAGAAGUCUCCCGACCAAGUCGUUUGGCACACUAGCAAAUAUCGCGACAAGCUUCAGUGCUGUUCUGCGCUUGACACCGUGGGCGAAGAUGGCUUUCUUGGUAGCGACUCCGUGGAUUCUUCCGAAGUCUACAGCCUGUCUGCAACUGCGGAUUUUCCGAGUUCGUCCUGCAACUCUGACGAGAAUAAAAAUGGACAACGGUGUGUGCUACCUGUACAAAUUUGGAAUCGCUGGCCGUACCAGUGUGUCCCGGUCCCAGGAGAGACGAAAUGGUGCCGCCAUCUAGCCUGUCAGAGAACCCAGUCAGUGACGGGGGAUGCAGGAAGCUCUACGGCGACUGAAACAGAGCAGGCCGAUGGAUCUCCGAUUCCUGCGGCUCUGAACGAGUGUACCCUUCUGCUGUACUCAGUGGAUAGGGAGGCGGCUGCUUCUGGAGAAUGCAGCGAUGGAGACAACGCCGAAGGUGACGACGGUGUCCAGAAGACGUCGGGAAAGCCACAGCUCCUCCUGAACGACAUCGUUGAUGCAGUCGGCAUUCUCUCUGUUCUACCGACCUGUGAGGAGUCGGCAGUCGCUGACACGCUGGCCGGCGUCUCGUUUGGAUCUAGUCUGAAAUACUGCGUCAAGCAUGAAAUGGAGCAGGAGACACAGUCUAGGUGUCUUUGCACCAGCACUGAAGGAACCCCGACACAACGGGUUGCCUCGAGAGGCGUCAAAGUCCGUCUUCAUGUGUUCAACUGGAAGCGCGUCUGUUUCUUCAAUCCCGCUGUGGAUCGCGCUCUCUUCCAUUUUUCGCUCUCCAGUUCGGUGCUUGAGUCGCCUGAAGCACCGACAGUCACGCCGCGCAAAAGAGACUCCCUUAUCCGCUUUCUGUCAAAAGGACUGGGAGGCGACCUUCUGGCGGCCGAAUAUCUUUUGCUGGCUCUCUGCUGUCGGCGAAUGUCAUCGACAUCUUCUGCUGAGGACGAGGGUGGUCCUUUUUCUCGGCUGAAGCUGAACUUCGUGACCAGGCCAUUGAGUCAGCAGAACGCAACGCAGCAGCUGCAACUAGUCAAACAGGAGACGACGGCAGAGAAGGGCGGCCAUGGCGAUGCAUGCAAAGAAUGCCACUGUUCAUUUUCGGUACAGAGUCAAAUGAUGAUGGAGGUCCUCGACAACCUUGUGCCACGAUUGGUUGGGUUGUCUGUCCGUCCCAGUUCACUGGCAACAAGCUCCUUAACCCCCAAACUGCUACUCGAUGACGAUUCAGCGGACAACCUGGGUCGGCUCGCACGAGGAGUUCUGCAGCUUGCCAGAGGAACUGUACUCGUGAUUGACGAGCCGGAAGUGGUGUCCAAGAGAGUGAUCAACGAUGCUUGCCGUCGUAUCGUCGAGGCCGACUCGAAAUGUGAGGAGCGCGAGGCGCCCAUCUCGUGCGUGAAACGUGAAUGCGCCGAUCCGUCUGUACAGCCAAACUCUAAAGCUGGCUCGACAGAAGCAAGAAAGGAUAAUGGGCAGAAGGAAAGAAAGGAACUUCAAGCGAAGAAGCUCGAGGAGCUGAACCAGAAAGCAGCACAGAAUCUCCGAGCCCUCGAAGCUCUUGUAGCUGAUGGGGAGGUGUCGUACGAUUUCAUCGUCUCCAGGCAACGCGUUGCGACGGACACUAUUAACAUUUGCAUGACAACGUCCACUGCGUCCUCGUCUGUCUUCGCGCCUCACCUUCUACCAGUCCCGGUAGAAGGCACAACCUCAAAUGGUGUUGGUUUUCAGCAUACAAAAGAAGACUGCGAGCGCGAUAGACCCGACUCGACUAUCACAGAUGUUCGCGACGACGCUACGGAAGAGACAGCGGUGCAUACUGAUGUUGCAGUGGAACUAAGACAGGAGCGCGAAAUCCGUCACUGGCGAACACUGAUUGGUGCCGCAAGCAGAAGAGAACUGGGGGUGGAUAUUCCGGAUGAGACCCGCCAAAUGAUGAUCGAGGACUGGGUGCGCGUCCGGCAAGAGGAUCGGAGUGUGAAAAGUGAUGACUUUCCUGUCUGGCUGGUACUCGCGGACGCCAUGGCGGCUUCUUUUGGAGAGGGAUGCUUUCCUCUUCGUCACGACUUACAUUCAGGUUCCGCAAUCGCAGAACGCGGCAAAGAUGUUGGGAAGUUGUCCCCCGAACAUUGGCACCGUGUUAUGGACCUCGAGACACGAAGACGCGCGCGCCUGGCGGUCCAAAAAAAGGCUGAAUAUAACAGCGGUGUGGAAUGUAUGUAA